AUGUUCUUUGUUGCGUGCAGACUGUGCUUCCUGCCGAACUGGUUUUGGGAGCGGACUCAGCUGCAUCUGUGGCUCGUCCCUGUCACUUCCAUCAGCAUGGCUCCCGCGCUGGUCCCGUCUCUGCCCCUGCUGCUGGCUCUGCUCCUGGGUUCCUCUUUGUCCGCUCAGGCCUGGACCCAGCUGGACUACUGCGAACCCCAAAAUCACAUCUGCCCCAUGUUCACGCUCACCCAGGAUCAUGUGGUGUUCGAGGAGCGCCUGUACGCUCAGACCCAGUGGAUCUGCAGCCGAGUCCUGGGAACCGGCUCCAGUGACGUCAUGGCGGCUGUUGAGAACCUCAAGGCAUUUAUCCAACAAAAGAACCAAGAAUUAGGGACGGAUGUGAAUUCGGACGCGUGGCCAGUUCUGAUCAGCGAGCGGGACCAGGACGGGGAAGUGCAGUAUGAGAUGUGCUGGAUGGUCCUCCCUCAUGUGACUCUGCCCAACACCGACUACAGCAACCCGGGCGUCCUGGUGCGGGUGGACACUGUCCCCCAGGGCACUGUCUACGUCAGGAGGUUUGGAGGAACCCCGUCCAUCGCAGAAGCCCGGGCGAAUGCAGUGGGACUGCGGCAGGAUCUGGACCAGGCUGGGAUUAGUUAUAAGAAAGACUUCUUCUACGGCGCUGGAUAUGAAGGAUUCUUUUCCCUCUUUCACCACAACGAGAUCUGGAUCCAAGCAGCUUAG